AUGACGUUGUCCGGUGAAGAAACCCCACCGCAGCACCAAGUUUUCAUCAACUACAGAGGAGACGAGCUGAGGAAAAGCUUCCUCGGGUUCGUAGUGAAAGCCAUGAGAGACGCAAAGAUCAACGUCUUCACAGAUGAAGCAGAAGUCAAAGGUAGAGAUCUACAGAAUCUUUUCAGGAGGAUCGAGGAAUCAAAAGUCGCUGUUGCGAUCUUGUCUGAACGAUACACUGAAUCGAGUUGGUGUUUGGAUGAACUGGUGAAGAUGAAAGAGCAGAUGGACCAAGACAGGCUUGUUGUUAUUCCAAUAUUUUACAGACUGGACGCUACCAACUGUAAGAGACUCUUGGGAGCUUUCGGUGACAACUUCAGGAAUCUGGAGAGAGAGUAUCGGAGUGAGCCUGAGAGAAUCAAGAAAUGGAAAGAAGCUUUGAUCUCUAUUCCCCAGAAGGUUGGCUUGACUUUGGCUGGACACAGGGAUGAGUCUGAGUUGGUCGAUUCAAUCGUUAAGGAGGUGAAGAAAAUUCUAAUCGAUGUUUCAAGCAAGGGAAGAAGUCAAUCCACAAAUCACCGAACCCAAACUAACACCAUAUCAUCAUUUGAGCCUCUAGUGGCAGAGCUGGACCGACUACCACCACGUCUCCCUCAAGUGUUUGUCAGUUUCUGCAGAGAGGAUCUUGGCGGCAACUUCGCCAGACAUCUCGUGUGGGCUAUGAGAGAAUCAGGGAUCAAUGUGCUCAUAGAUAGCUACAACCCUAGACGAAAAGAGGAUGAAAGACAGCAAGUAUACACGAGUAUAGAGAAGUCCAGUAUCGCGUUAGCAAUCUUCUCAAAAAGGUACUCGGAAUCAGAUCAAUGCUUGAACGAGCUUGUGAAGAUGAAAGAGCUUACAAAAGAAGGAAAACUUGUGAUCAUCCCCGUCUUUUACAAUGUGAAAGCAAACGAAGUGAGAAGACUCGGGGGAGAGUUUGGAAUCCAUUUUGGAGAUAUAGUGAAGAGGUUUUCUAUGGAGCCAAUGAAGGUUCAGAGCUGGGAGGAAGCUUUGAAUUUUAUUAUCAAAAGGAACACUGGCUUAAGCUUGGAAAGACACAGAAACGAGUUUGCUCUUGUUGCUGCUAUUGUCAAAGAGGUUGCACGAUUGCUACCAAACUCUAGAAGAAAAAGAAAGUUAGGGAUUGGAGAAGUUUUUAUCCGGGCUUUAACUGCGACUUUUAUCUUUGCUCUCUUCAUAUCCCCUAUGCGUACCCCUGAUGUGAACUUUCUCAAAAUUGGUAACUUACUAGUAGGCUUUCCGUUUUUGGCUGUUGUCUUGCACAAGAUUCUAUGUUAACAAAAAUAACAUAACAAAACUUUGGACUUAAG